AUGUAGUUCCUAGCGUCCAAAAAAAAGAAAAGAAAGUCCGCUCUCUGCGUCAUCACUCGGUCAUGUAGCUAGCUAGCAACACAUCGCAACAAGAGAAACGCACGACUUGUUUAGUCAGUUAGCUCGAUUCAAGCUAGCUCGACUCGCAUGGAUCCCCGGUGGAAGGUGUGUUGAGUCUCCUGAACCCAGUGUGUUGUUGUCGUCGUCGUCGCAGGGAUGGCGGGGGAGAGGAGCGGAGAGGACGUGGUCUCAGAGUACCUGGAGCAGAACCCGCAGCUGGCCCCGUGGCUCGACUCCCUGCGGGGCUACUGCGAGAGCAACAAGCAGUGGGUCGCUCGCAGGGAGUUCCUCCUCAGGAACAUGGAGACCGUCCCCACGGUGGAGCCCGGGGUCCCCAGCAGCAGCCUGGACCGGCUGCUCUCGCUGUCCAUGGUCUGGGCCAAUCACGUGUUCCUGGGCUGCAGCUAUCCUCAGGCCGUGAUGGAGAAGAUCCAGGAGAUGGGCGAGGGGAUCAUCGUUCAGGAUCCUCCGGUGCACAAGACGACGACAAAGGACGGAGUCAGAGGGAAGCGGGGCGCAGACGGCGACGCCGACGGCUGUGGGAAAAGAGCCAAGUGUGGCGCUAACGAGCUCGACGGGCGGACGUCCUCGUGGUCGGUGAGUCAGAAGGCGGGGCCUCACCCGCAGGCGCCGGCCGAGCACCAGCCCCUCUUCAACCGCCUCUACAAGACGGUGGCGUGGAAGCUGGUGUCGGCGGGCGGCUUCGGCCCCAACCUGGACCACUUUGAGAUCCUGCGCAGCUGCGCCGAGUCGUGCAAACAGACGCUGACCAGCGUGUUCGUGCCCCUGAAGGACAUCGCGGGCCUCCCCGCCGCACGCACGCAGAAGGAGGGCCACGUGUGCGAAAUCCGCUGUCAGACUGUCUACAUGGGCACUGGGUACGGGCGUGACGAGGCCGCCGCCCGGGCCAUGGCGUCCAAGGAGGCGCUGAAGGUUUUCCAGGGCCGAAAAGUGACAGUGAAGAUCUGCAGACGCAGGUACAAGGGGAAGGACGUGGACGAUCUGAUCCUGUUCGACGAGCAGCCUCGGAGUCAGGGCUUCCCGCCGGCACUUAGCUACCCGUUUGAGGACGAGCAGCCGGAGGAAAAGGAGGAGGGCUCGUCGUCGUAGAGACGACAGACAGACAGACAGACUGAGACUUGAUCUGCCCUGCCGGAGAAUCGGCACAGUGGCGUUUACUGACUGGAGCUACUAAAGGAAAUUCACGACCGUGUCGGCACCAGACUGUUAGGACAAGAAUCAUAAAGUCACACUUUACUACGGUGUCAAAAUACAGAUGGGAGCUCGUUCAGACAAACAUCACUCAGACUUAAAACCAGAAUCUUAAACUGUACUGACUCAAAUCAGUUUCAGUUUGACACUCAUUUUUUUUUCGUGCAUGUGCCAUCACACAAAAGUGAAAACAGCCACUGGAGAAAGAUAAACAAAAAAAAAGCUCAACAGGCAGUUUGAGUUCAAAUGACGGCAGCUUCAAAUAUCACAGGAGAACAUAUUACAUUAUAAUACCGAUACAACUAUUAUUGUCCCAAUGAAAGAAUCUGUGUUGGCCAGUGCCUCAUAUUUUGAGUAGUAGCGCGUCUAAUGUGUAUAUAUAAUUUUUUUUUCACACUCGUUUGUUCAUUCCAGUCGUUUUUUUGAUUUGGUGAUUUCACAAGUGUAACUGAUUUGCAGACACCCACAGUUAAUUUUUUAUUUAAAAAAACAAAAACAAAAUAUCACUUUGUUGCCUUUUUUAGUUUGUGCAGAUUUCCACCAGGAAACAAAAGUAUUGCGAACAACUCGUCUCUUAAACAGUUUCUAAACAAUGACGAACACAAACAUAGGGUUUGAGUAUUGUAGAAUCAAAACCAAAACUUUAAUUUUCUAAUAUUCUAGUUCCUUUAACUGUCAGUGACUGUUGGAUGUCAGAUAUGAAUAUGUUUUUCUAAUUAUGCCCACUAACCCUGACAUUCUUUAGGGUCGGAGUUGCGUCCUCGUUCCUUCACGACCCGCACUUUAACUGCAUCAGGCCUUAAACUUAGGAAGCAGAAGUUGAAAUAAAUAAAAAACUCCUCGGGACCUGGUUUGUGGUGCGACGGCGAUCCGGGUGGAUUAAUAAGUGCAGUAGCUCCGGGCCGCUUCAGUUUCUUUGAUUUAAAAACCGUUGCGAUCUGCCGAACAGUGACUCAAUCAAAGUAAUUCUGUUAUUGGAAGUUUGACUUUUUAUUUCACGGUAUAUUUGCAGAGUUUUCAGCUUUCGUGUUCCUCUCACACACUCGGCCAACUACAGUAUCCAUCAUACUGUAUGCUUUUGUUUUAUCUCCCCGUUUGAGUUCACCGAUUUAAAAAACAAAACAAAAGAAGACGCUUGUGUCGAGGAUGUUGGGGUUUGAACGUGGUGAAAAUCCAGCGUGUACAGUUGUGACGUGUUUGGAGGUAAAGUGCUGCUGUGAUGUGCGUUUUUUUUUUUUUUUUUUACAAUAUUUCUUUCCCCCUAAAGUUCCCGUCUCAGUGGAAGUUGAACAGGUUGCCGUUGAAGUGUGAAGUAUCUACACUGUUCCAUGUGGUUGUACGUUUUCACCAGUGGUCCUGUUUCUAUAUAUUUUUUAAAUAAACAUAAUUUAAGAAAAA